AUGCCCAGGACCAUUCGCGAGCUCCUGUCGGAUACCAGAAACACCGAGCCUAGAUAUGUUCGGCUCCACAAUGCCAACUACACAUCAAGAGAACUGCUCAGCGAGAUCCUUUCAUGCUCAAACCGGAUCGUCCGGAGGGUGUCCGAUGCUCAGCUCUCGAGCAAUGACCGAAGGUGGUGGCCAGUGAGAGAGAUGGCGAGCAAGUGGGACAGCAUCAGAGCGUUUCCAGAGAUGCUACAAGAGGUCGACACCGAGCUGCUGAAGAUUCUUGUGCUGGACGCAUAUGCUGAUCUGGAGCGACUGCAACGUACUCAGAGUCCGUGA